AUGGCAAUUUUUAAAUCAAUUUCAUCAAUUUCAAAUUCAACUGGUUCAAUGGGAAGUUCAAUUGGUGCCUCUAAUCUUGAUGGAUUUGUUAGUAAUGAUAAUUCAAUUUCAUGUUUUGAUGGUUGUUGUGGUGGUGGUUUAGGUGGAUGGGGUGGUUUUAAUGGAUUGGGUGGUUUUAAUGGUGGUUGUGGAGGUUCAAACACAAAUAUAAUUAACCUUGACAUUGAUAUUGGUCGUCGUCGUCGUAGAUGUUGUUAA